AUGGGCUCCAGGCUGCACAGCCCAGCCCAAGGCAGCCACUCAGGGCAGGAAAGGGACCUGGACAAGGAACAGAACCAUGAGCAGGAUCGAGGCACUUGUGAUCCAGGAGGUGGGCAGCUACACCACAGCCAGAGCAAGAGCCACAGUCAGGGCUGGCACCAAGAGCCAAGCUUGGGCUCAGACUCUGCUAAUGAGAAACAGAAAUGGAAAAGGAAGAAAAGAAGCCACAGCCAGGACCAGCAUUGUAAGGACCAGAGGAAACAGUGCUCAGAGUCCUGGGGGUGCUCCCCUGGCUCCAGCCUGAAGCAUGGGCAGGGAGUGGCACAGAGCUGGGAGUGGCACCACAGGAGGGAUGGAUCCAAGUCCUCUGUGUCCUCCAUCAGCUCCCCUGCCCCACCACAUCCCCAAGAGGCACUGGGGCAGCAGCUGAGCCUGAGGGAAGAACAGAAGAAACAGGCAGCUCUGCUAAAGGCCUUGGAGACAUCCAAGGAGAAGCAAGCACAGAGGUUGGCCAAGAAGGUGGCCAAGGAGAGAAAGAAACGGGAGAAGAUAGGCUGCAGUGAGGAGUACAUGGGCUACACCAACACUGACAAUCCUUUCAGGGACAAUAACCUGCUGAGCACAUUCAUCUGGAGCAAGGCUCUGGAAAAGGAAUGGAUCAGCCGUCUGGAUGAGAAGGACCCGAAGGAGAGGAUCAAGCAAAUCCAGGAGGACAAUCACCUGGAGCUGCAGAAGAUGAAGCAGCUGCGCCUGGAGCAGGAGCGGGAAAAAGCCAUGCGGGAGCAGGAGCUGGAGAUGCUGCAGUGGGAGAAAGAGGCAGAGCACUUCAAAACCUGGGAAGAGCAGGAGGACAAGUUCCACUUGCAGCAGGCCAAGCUAUGGUCUAAGAUCCGGAUUCCGGAUGGGAGGGAGAAACCCAUUGAUCUUCUGGCCAAGGACAUCAGUGCAGAGGAUGAUGACCUGGCUGUGGAGAUGCACGAGCCCUACACCUUCCUAAAUGGAAGGUUGACCAUCUCUGACAUGGAGGACCUGGUGGAGGACAUCCAGGUGUACAUGAAGCUGGAUCAAGGGAAGAACACAGACUUCUGGACGGACAUGACCAUCAUCACAGAGGAUGAAAUAGCCAAGCUCUGCAAGCUGGAGGCCUCUAGGAAAGGAGGACCAGGGGAGCAUCGUGAGGCCUCUAGGAAAGGAGGACCGAGGAGCAUCGUCAAUGCCUCGGUCAGCUCAGAUAUGCAGGCCGUGUUCAAGGGGAAGACCUACAACCAGCUGCAAGCUCUGUACCAGGGCAUCAAGAGCAAGAUCCAGGCAGGAGGGCCCAACCUGGACACUGGGUACUGGGAGAGCCUUCUGCAUCAGCUGAAGGCUGACAUGGCUCGGGCCAAGUUACAGGAGCAGCACCAGGACAUGCUGCGUCAGAAGCUCUACAAGCUGAAGCAAGAGCAGGGUGUGGAGUGUGAACCGCUCUUGCCCAUCAUCAAGCAGGAGCCAGCUUCCCUCAGCAACAGGCUGGAUCCUGAGGAGAGUCUUGACAUACAGCCAGGGCCGUCCUCAGAGCCAGAGCAGGACACAGAGGCCAAGUGAGAAGUGGAGGGGGAGGCUGUGCUGAUGAAGGAGGAUCUGAUCCAGCAGAGCCUGGAUGACUAUGAUGCGGGCAAGUACAGCCCCCGGCUGCUGGGCCCCAAUGAGCUGCCCUGCAAUGCCCACAUGCUGGAGGCCAAGGAGGACACUCAUCAGCUGCUGCUCCUGUGCCAGCAGCUCCAGGUGACAGGCAAUGCUCCUGAGAACACCCACAACAUCAUCUUCCGCAAGGCUAAGGAGGACAUGGGCGCAGAUGAGGCGCAGUUCAGCGUGGAGAUCCCGCUCACAGGCCAGGCCUAUCCGUGGGCUGACAAGUACCAGCCCCGCAAGCCUUGCUUCUUCAACCAUGUGCACAAGUACAACCAGACCCAUUACAACACUGACAACCCCCCACCCAAGACUGUGCAGGGCUAUAAGUUCAACAUCUACCCCAACCUCAUUGACAAGCGUUCAAUGCCCAAGUACUUCCUGGAGGCCUGCCAGGACAGCAAGGACUUGGCCAUCCUGCACUUCCAUGCCAGGCCACCCUAUGAGGACAUCACCUUCAAGAUUGUCAGCAGGGAGUGGGAGUUCCACCGCCAUGGCUUCCGCUGCCAGUUUGCCAAUGGCAUCUUCCAGCUCUGGUUCCACUUCAGGCAGUACAGGUACCGCCAGUGA